AUGCAGGAAAAAUGCCUUGCACUAAAAAAAAUUGAUUAUAAAAGUCUCCAAAAAGAACUAUUGCACGCCACAAAAAAGCGUGAUUUGAACAAAAUCAAGGUAGUUUUUAGUUGGAUUUUGUGUUGUUUAAUCAUUCAAAACUUUCUCCAGAGCCUGGCGAAGGGCAGGACGAAGAUACAUUUGAAACGAAGUCUCAAUUUACGAUGCCACUAUAACUUUCAACCUUUGGUUCUGGCUUGCCAGAUUGGUUUUUACGAGGGUGCCAGGCUUCUGGUCGGUUUUUUCAAGUUCAAAUUCGUAUAUUCAUUUGAAGAUUCGUCUUGGCGCUGAUCCUUUAAAUUGUUUCCGCACAGCCACGACAGAAAGGGGGCAGAGUUUGUUUUUAAGAGCAAUUUGAAUUGAAAAAUUUUGUUUUGCAUGGUUGUGUUCAUUUAUUGAAAAGGAAUGGUAACGAGUUUUAUUCGUGCAAUUUUGAAAAAAGUCACGGAGCAUUUUUCUCGGUGUUUUUUAAUUUUUCGGUUUCAGUUUUGAACAUCUGACCUGUUUUCUCAUCAUAUAAUGCGCAGAGUUCUUUGUUUCAUCAUAACUUUUUAAAAAGGGAAAUAAGUCAUGUUGAAAUGAUCCCGCAAAAUUCAAAAUAGUCGUCAAAGAGGGAGAAAGAUAACUAAAUUUAGGAGAGUCAGUAAUAGUUUCUUGUAAGUCGAUUUGAACACGGAAUAUGAAGUUUUAAUAAAUUCAAAGUAAAAAGCUAAAAAAAUUUUUUUUUCAAUUUUCAGUAGAGCUAACUCCUCUGCGAUACGCUAUUCAAAAAGUUGGCACCCAAAAAUGUUGGAAUAUCUUCAAGCGAAGAUCUUGCAAAAACUUCAAGGUUAGUCCAUAGAGGCUGCCAAUAGCUUUGAAUAUUUUUCAGGUCGUCAGGGCACUUGUUGAAGGAGGAAAGUUGGAUUUAAAGAUGCCUGCUGGAAAUAAUCAAGAAUCUCCCUUGUUUCUCGCUUGUGCUUACUCCAAUUUAUCUUUGGGUUUAUCCAAAAAUGAAACUUUCAAUUUUGUUGUCUUCAUUUUCAGUCAAGUACUUUUGUCAACGUGGUGCCAAGGUUGAAGAUCGAAAUAUCGCUGGUUCGACUUGUAUAAUGGUUCCCGAGUACUUCAGAAAGGAGAAAUCGGUCUUUCAACAAAAGUGGAUUUGAAAUCUAGAAAACUCAUUUUUCAGCGGAAAAUCUUCAAAUAUUUGAUCAAACAAGGUCUUUCUGUGGACGCUGUCAACUCUGAUGGUGAGUUGAGAAAAAAAAAUCAUCGAAUGUUGCAAAUUUCGAAGUCUCUGAAAGUAUCUGAAUUUUUGGAUAUACUCGGGACAAGCUUGAAAAAAAAAAUCAAUCUUCUGUUUUAUCUGGUCCAAUUUGAAAACUUGUGAUUAUUUUUAGGUAAUAAUUUUUUUCGAAAAGAAUUUCGGAAUCAAAGAUUACUUAGAAUAAUUAUUCGAUUAUUACAUUAUAGUUAUGAGAAACUCAAUUUUUUUUUUCUCCGCUUCACUCGGAAAAGAAAAAGCUAGAUAUGUGAAGAGACGCGAGAAAAACAGCCCUCGUUUCUCUGAACUCUCUUUUGACCACCGUUGUUCUCUCGCUUUACAUACUAUAGUCUGUUUAAUGACAAGUCGUCGCUCAAGCUCCGCCCCCAAUGACGCGAUAAUUCAAUCAGAAAACGAGCGAUUUAUAGCUUAUCCACGGCUGACUUUAGCCAUCGAAAAAGGGUCUUGACACGAUAAUACACGAGAUAGCGCCUGGCUCGUGGAUAGCGCAGACAGGACACGCCCCCUUAGCGUCCCAAGCUAACCGUGGAUCAGCUAUAGAGUGCGUGUUCGAAUGACGUUCUUGUACUCUCGGGCAAAGUCGGAAUGGUGGAUAAUGACCGCUAAAAGGGAGAGGCUCGAAAAAGGUCGCAGAAUGACUGCAAAAAGGCUGAAAAAAGAAUCCCUUUAUCGAGCCUUCCAUUUUUUCGGGGAUUUUAAAGGCUCAAGAAAUGGCGGAAAAAGGGAGAGGCAGCAAAAAUGAAGCAUAAGAGCCGAUGAAAUACAGCAAAAAGACAGAAAAAAAGGGAAAAUUUUUAUCGAGUCUUUUUCCAUCUUUUCCGACUUUGCCUAUGCUUGUAAUUCAAUGUCUGAGACUACUAUUCUCAUUUUAAAACUGUUUUUGAAAAUAUAUUCAAUUUUUUUCCAGGUGAAACAGCGCUCCAUCUCGCUGUGAAAGCUCGCAAUUCGUUUCUCGUUGCGCUUUUAACGGCUGAAGGCGCCAAAUUGGUCCGAAAUAAUGAUGGCGAGACUCCGCUGCACACGGCUGCUCUUCAGGCCGUUCAGAAAUCUCCUGCAAGCAUUCCAUCAUCCAAUUUUUCACCUUUCUCAAAAAUUACAGUGUGAAAUCCUGGAACACCUGACCGAAUACGCGGAUGACAAAAAGGCGAAAAAAGAUGCGCUUUUGCUCAAUUUCAGCGCGAAAUGUUUUCGUUCAAACGGCAAAAUCGACAAAAACGCGCUUGAGGUGCUGAAAAAAGCGCUCAAGGUUGGUGACAACUGGCACAGAAAAGAAAGAGAUGUGACUUUGCAGAUAAAUGUCCCGGCGGAAGAGGAAGUUGUGCCGAAUCCGGCCUUCGAUUCCCUUCGUGAAGCGGUUUCCAUAACCGAUUACAAGGCUGCGAAAUCGCACAACAGAUAUAAUCAUAUGCAAGUGUGUAACUGAUUGAUUUUCGUCAAUUUAUAGCCAAAUAAAAUUUAAUUUGAGUUGAAAAAAUGUCCCUAAUUUUUUUUUCUCAUGUCCUUUUUUUGAACUAUAGUCUGUUCAGAUUUUGAAUGUCAAGUCGUCGCUCAAGCUCCGCCCCUAAUGGUGCGAGAAAUCAAUCAGAGAGCGAGCCAUCCACAGAGUGUUUUUGAAUGACGUCAUUGCAAUUGAAAUUCAAAAUCUGAACAAACCAUACUCAAUGAAUGCGCUAAAUUUUCAACAAGAAAAUCAUAAAAGUUCGGUUUUUUUUUUAUUAAAAGCCCGUUUUUGUGUACCUUCUGUAAAAAAAAUUCUUCUAGUGCUUCAUCAUCCUCGAAAGGAUCCUCGGCCCUGGAAACGAAAUUCUUCGCAAAAAUCUCCUCGAAUAUUGUUUUCACGCAGAUAAAAUCCAAUGCUUCAACAUGCGGUUUGGUUUGCAUUUCUCGAAAAAAAUAAUCAAUUUCUGGUUUUUUUGUUUCCAUCGAGCAUGAAAAAUUUAAGCUUUUUUUGGAAAUCCAUUAAAAAUCUAUAAAAAAAGAAAAAAAUCAGAAAUAUCAUAGGCAAAGUCAGAAAGGGUGGAAAAGGUCCUAUAGAAAUGUUCCUUUUUUGCUGUCUUUUUGCGCCUUUUCAUCGGCUCUUAUGUACCAUUUUUGCUGCCUCUUUUUUUUUACCAUUCCUUGAGCUUUUAGAAACCCAGAAAAAAUGGAAGGCUCGAAAAAGGGAUUCUUUUUUUUUGCUGCCUUUUUUGAGCCUCUCCCUUGCAAUCAGUCGAAUUUAUUUCGUUUUCAGGUACAAUGCUCUUCGUUGUUACACCAUUUCCCUGUAUCAGAAGUUGGAAAAUUUUCUUCGAUUUAAAAAAAAAAAGAUUUCUCAGAUAUUCCAAGCCUCUCUCAGAAGGUCUAAUCGAUGCACUCUCCUUUUUUUCUGGCUGGAUCGAAAACUGGGAUGAGAUUAGGAACGCGGAGAAAAAAAGAACUGCUUUGAAAAUGGCGGCGUUUCUUUUCGACGAGCUCUGCUUCGCCUUGGAGACAGUUUGUUAAUCGAAAAAAAAUUAGCCACGGGAAAAUCAGUACCUCAGAAUUGUUGUUGAGCUCCUACAUGAAUCUCACCUUAUUUUUCGUUUAUCAAGCCAAUUUUCCCGCGGCUUGUUUUUUUUUUUUGCAGAAUUAGUCUCAAAAUUUCAGAUUAUAACUUUAGGCCCACAAAGAACACAUUCACAAUCAGCACCGGGAUGAGUGGGGGGAAAAAUUUGCCGGUUACGUCUUGGACAUUUUAUCCAAAGUUUGUUUUUCUUUUUUUUCUAACUUUUUAACCGAUGGAUGAUUUCAUUUUUAUUUUUCACUCUAUAUUUGAAUAUGCUAAAAAGUUCAGUUAUUAUUCAGAUAUCAAGCCUGGGUUUCGAUGCGGAGGAAGCUGAUAAAUUGAAGGGAAUCGGAAUCGAUGUGGGUGAAAAUUGAACAUAGGCAAAGUCGGAAAGGGUGGAAAAGGCCUCUUUUUUGCUGCCUUUUUGCGUCAUUUCAUCGGCUCUUAUGUAUAGCUGAUUCACGGCUGGCUUGAGCCAUCGAGUGAAGGGUCCUGCCACGAAAAGAGACGAGACAGGGCCCUGGUUGGUAGAGAGUGCAGACAGGCCACGCCUUUUUGCGUCCUAAGCUAGCCGUGAAUCGUCUAUACUAUUUUUGCGGCCUCUCCCUUUUUCCACCAUUUCUUGAGCUUUUAAAAUCCCAAAAAAAGGAAGGUUCAAUAAAGGGACUCUAUUUGCUGCCUUUUUUAAGAGAAAAAUCGUCUAGCGGGAAAUAAAAUAUUAUGAUUUUAAGUUGCGUCGUUUUGCGAGAAUCGCUUCUCUUCUUCACAUAACCGUGUUCCACAUGAGGAAUUUCAUGGGGUUCGAUAUCAAACAAAAGAAAAAUUGAAAUUUUCUGACUUUAGGAUGACGAAAUGGAUUACGGUGUUGGCGAAAGCUGGCUUGAAUAUCAACGAGAGGGAUAGGAAGGGCCAGACGGCGUUGGCGGCUCUGUUCGUUGAGGCGGAUUCGGAUCCUCUCCUGCGUCUUCUUCGACGUUUUUUCGACCAAGUUCCGAUUUUUCUUUAACCUCAGAUACCGGUGACAUUUUCGCGGGCGCUUUUAGACAGAGCUGCUGACGUGCGCUCCCCCGACUGAGUAGAUCAGUUAAAAUGAAGUUUUGGUGAAAGAAUCUGCAGAGAGUCGGCUAAUAUAUAAAGGUCAUCUGGAUAUGUAACAUUGACGCGAAAGAUACUGUAGUCUUGGGGGAGGAGUUAGCUACUUGAAGUUUAGAAUCUGAACAGACUAAGAAGGGUUUACUUACCGGCGGCUCUAAGUGGACUUGCUGAUCUUCGCUUGCGACGUUUUUUGGCUUUCGUGCGCUAUGACGUCACUAUUAAAAAGUGGCCUGGUACACGUUUGUCACUUUCCCGUUUUCUGCUCUGAAAGCACCCGCGGAAACAUAUGAGCGAUGGUUCGAAAAAAUUAUGGAUCCGCGAAUGUUCGUGAGCGUUAAUUGUGCAUACAACAAUCUUGGGGGCUCGAAUCUUUGAAAAUUCGAUGUAUACACUUCGGCACUACCGGUAGAGCUCCCAUAGUGCUGAAGUAUAUAUCGGAGGUAUCGUCUGUGUGACACGACUUGAAAUUUCACCGAACGACAUCCGCUGUUCCGCUGCGUGUGUCCGCGAAGCGUUUUUCGAAUCUAGGUCACGCUUUCAAUUGAUUUUUAUUGCUGUGGGAAGUAGAGUACCUUGAUAAAAGAAAAAAAAAAUUUAAAGCGUGACCAAAUUUCGCAAAGGCGCGCAGCGGCACAGCGGAAUGUCGUUCGGUGAAGUUCCAAGUCGUGGUACACAGGCUAUGUGACAAUGAACAUAUUAUUAUACCAUCCUGAUUCAUUUUGAGGCAUAUGCUCCAUAUACUACUUUUAUCAUCUGACCCCGAUUCGUCUAUGCUAAGAAAAGUUUAGUGGGGGACAAAUGUGGUCCCUUGUAACUCAACCCUAUAAGAGCCCCCUAAACUUUUCUUAGUGUCACUCAUCAUCGUUUUCAAACAGGGUCGGCCUGGACAGCGGCACUAUUCUCCUUCGCUUCAAAACCCCGGUUUACCGAGAGUUUCUCACCAACGGCGCCCGGAUUUUCGUCGAGGAUCGUGAUGAGGACACUGUUUUUGAACAUUUGCAGGAAAACGUGUACGAAGCAGAUCCAAUUAUCGUUGGUAAGUCAAGAAGUUGUUAAAGCUUGAAAAAUGAUAAUUGAUGAAGGAAAAAAUAGUAUUAAGAAUUUCAAAAUGGGUCCACUUCCCAGUUUUUUUAACUGGCUUAUUUUUCAAAUUAAUGAUUUUUCAGGCAAUUUCAUCACACUGAAAGACAUUUGUGCGCUAGCCGUCGAAAAAGAAUACUCGGAAAGUUUUCUGCGAAAAGCCCUGCCGCUCAAUUUGCAUGGAUAUUUCGGCUUCAAUGAUUGCGACGAUGAUUGCUUCCGAGAGUCUGAUUUUGAAGGAUUCAUGGACCCAUUUUUCUAA